AUGAGAAAAAGGUCACCGAAGGCCUGCCCGGCCCCCUUUGCCAGAAACAGGCUGGUCCACUCUCGAUUGGAAGGCAGGCAGCUCCUUACCGCGCAUGAGCGACGCCUCCAGCGCCCGCGGGGACGGCUCCGGGGGUGUGGCGCUUCUCUGGCUUUGUUGCUGUUCUGCGCGUGCGCGCGCCCCAGCGGCGCGAGGGCGGGGGCGGGGAGUGUCUCACCCGCUCAGGGCGGCGGCCGAGCGGUCUGGGCCGUGCGGCGGUGGCCCAGGAGGCGGCGGGACGGUCAGGGCAGGCGUGAGAGCCCUCGGAACAGCCCGGCAGAUGUAGCUGGUUGUGAAGAGGCCAGGUUGGAGAUGAUGGAGUUUGUGAAUUUCCUGAAGAAUCCCAAGCAAUGUCAGGACUUAGGAACCCAAAUUCCAAAGGGAGCCAUGCCCACUGGUCUCCUGGCACUGGAGCUGCUUCUUGCCACAGCCACUGCGGGGAAGGCCAGUGUGCCUUUCAUCACCGUGAAUGGGUCAGAGUUCCUGGAAACAUUUGUCGGCAUUGGGCCAGCAAGGGUUCGUGACAUGUUUGCAGUGGCCCAAAGAAACGCUCCUUGUGUCUUGUUCAUUGAUGAUAUUGAUGCGUUUGGCAGGAAGCGAGGCCGGGGGCAUUUCGGAAGCCAGAGUGACCGGGAGAGCACACUGAACCAGAUGCUUGUGGAGGGAUGGAUGACUUUUCCUCAAAGUGAUUCCAGCUCAGUGUGUCUGGUAGCUUGUCAGGCGUGCUGAUAUUUCACUGGAAAUGUCUACAUGGUGAACGUUUUUCAAAUUUGGAGAUGCUUUCAGUGGUCCCGUGGCAAGUUUUCGUCUUCAUCUUGGGGCUGCCAAGAGUACCCCAGGUGUGGUGAUUCACUAGGAGGACUCCUAGGACCCCAUGUGUAGCUGUACCCACGACCACGACUGGUGACAGACACAGAGCAGAAUCCAUGCGGGGAAGAAUGUGGUCCAGGGAAGCUGGCAGGAGGCAGGACGUGCAGGAGGCACCGACUUUUCCUGGCAUGGAGCUGUGACGACAUGUGGGCAUGUAGUUGACCAAGGUUUUCAGUGGGGGCUGGUCCUGUGGCACUCUCUGCCCAGUAUGUACCAGAAUCCCAGCCUCCCGGGAGGAAGGCAGGUGUGCAGCAAAACCACACUGUACAAACAGAUUAGGCCUAGGGAGCCCCUCUUAUCAGGGAGCAGUGGAGACCCUCCCCAAAUCUCAGGUCCCAGAGCCAGCUGGGGGCCACCUUAUAAGCAGAGCUUGAGAGGCUUACUGUGUUAGAUUCUUUCUGCCCAGACAAGACGUCCCAAAACCCUUUGUCAUAGCUCGUAUCCAACCGUGAUUCUAACUAGGUUAGUACUCUGUUCUCAUGUCUCAAGGGGCUGAUGGGAGAGAGCAUUCAGGGGGAAAGAGGGUGGGAACACCACCACUUUCUCUCCUGGCGGCCCCUGUUCUCUGCAGUCCUGCCUGCCCUUGACUAUUCCAGUUCCCUGGGCCUUGUGAGCCCACUAGGGCUGGGUGGAUGGAGACCUUGGGAAGUAGCUGGGGCACUGACACCGUGGAGAGUCUCCUUGCUCCCCAGGGGUUGGGGGGUGGCAUCGGGUAGUGUCAAGCUGUCAGGAACCAGUGAUGAGUCAAGAUGGAGGUCCACACGUGGGCUCAGGUCCUGGGGGGUCCCAGUUAGCCGGGGAACGUCUGACUGCUCUCUGAUGGAGACGCGUCUCAGCCAGAGCAAUGGGGUCUGUGAGAACCAGAGCCAGUGGUGUGCUGUUUGUGUCCUGCCCGUGAAGGGUCAGAGGGAGGGGCCCCAGAGCCAGCCCCGGGCAGGAGCGUUGGCCCCGCUGAAUGGCCUCUGUAGUCUGUUUGGAGUGAGCAGAGGAAGAGCAGAGCCAGUGCAGGGCGGCUCAGGGAGGCCAGGGUCCCUAGUAGGAUGAGCAGGUGUGCAGAAGAGGACAAGGCGUCAGGACCAGAGAGAGGAGGAGAGCUGUCUGGGGAUACAGCACUACCCCAGUGGGUGCCAGCCGAGCCCCCUCCUCGGGCGCCCUUGCUUCUCACGUCCAGGGUUCACCUCUUUCACGAACGUCGUGGUGGUGGCUGGCACCAACCGCCCUGACCUCCUUGACCCGGCUCUGAUGCAUCCUGGCCGGUGUGACUGACUGAUCUACAUCAGCAAGCCUGCCGGUCACAUGGCGCUCAGGUUUGGGGCUUCAUGCCCUUGUGCUAAAGGUUAGGUUGGUUAGAUCAUUACCUGUGUAUUUGGAGGCGAUUUCUUUUUUUUUUACUUCUUCCUUUUUAAGCAGGCUCCAUGCCCAGUGCAGAGCCGAAUGCAAAGGUUGAACUUUUCACCCUGAGAGAUCAAGACCAGAGCUGAGGUCAAGAGUCGGACCGUUAACCGACCGAGCUACCCAGGUGCCCCUGGGGGUGGUUCGUUUGAUCAGGUCCCUGCAGUGGUUAAUAUUAACAUUUGGAAAAAGUGGAAGUUGUGGAUGCCCUUGGGUGGUGCUAGUUGCUGUCUCCCGGCAAUCCACUUUUGGGAGUGACAGGUGUGGCUGGGCCUGCAGAAACGUCACUUCACCAUACAGGUGGGAGUGCUGUGAUACAUCCAUGUUUCUGGCGCGGUGUUGUAAAAACUUAGAGGGUAGACAAGAAGAGCUCACCCUCACCUUUUGCUCUGACAACUGACAUCACCUCUUCCCUGGCCCUUUCCGUUUUUGAGAGCGCGUCUGUCCCGCGUGGACUUGCCCUGCUGCCCAGGGUGGUCCUCAUCUUGCUCACUGUCGGCUCAUGGCCCUGGGAAUGGAUAUGAUGUUAGAGGCAGCACAGUCAUGAAGGUGUUUUAAUGAGUUCAAGAGCUGAGUGUACGAGGGGGCUUGAACUCGCAAACCAUGAGAUUGUGACCUGAGCCGAAGGCGGACACUUGACCGACUGAGCCACCCGGGUGCCCCUGCUCUGAUUAAUGAUAGUUUUUCUGGAUAUAGCAUUCGUGUUUGACUUUAAAAAAUUUUUCUUGUCUCACUGCUUUGAAUAUUUUGUUCCACUGCCUUCAUUUUACUAUUUCUGAUGAGGUGCCAGGCACCAGUCGUCAUAUUGCUGUUAUCCUCUAUGUGAUGAAUCUUUUCUGUUGCUGCUUCAGGAUUUCCUCUUUGUCUUUUGCUUUCAACACUUUAAUUGUGAUGGGUCUCUUGCAACUUCUGGGUUUCGAAUUAUAGUUAGAAAAGAAUCUCUCGUUAUUUUCAUAUUAUGGACAUAUCUUUAUCAUGUUUAUGACUUAUUUUUUUUACAUUUACGUCUCUGACCCAUUUGUACUUUAUUCUGAUAUAUAGCUUGAGAUAUUGCAUAAAUUUGAUCUUUCUUCAAAUAAGUAUCCUAUCAUUGCAACACCAUUUUUAAAUAGUUCAUUACUGACGAAGAAACAGUGCAUUAUCUUGACUUUACCCACUGAAUGGGAGCCUUUCCAAGGACAAAAGGAAUUACAGAGAACAUUUCAGAUUUUCUUUAGUUGUAUCACAGAUAGUACUAUCAACAUUGUUAUUUUGAAAGUAUUUCACGUAGGGGCGCCUGGGUGGCCCAGUCGGUUUAGUCUCCGACUCCUGGUUUCAGCUCAGGUCACGAUCUCACAGUUUGUGAGUUUGAGUCCCUUGUGGGGCUCUGUGCUUAUAGCACAGAGCCUGCUUGGGACUCUCUUUCCCUCUCUGCCUCCCCGCCCCCCCGCACUGUCUCUCAAAAAAAAAACAACCAAAAAACAGGAGGUAAGUGUACCUGACCUUUGGGAUACUUCAUCAUUGCUUCCUGACUCCAGAUAACUAAGUGUGAAGCAGGGAAGGUGCCUGGAGCCCCAGGCUGUCCUUGUAGAUUUUGCAAAGUGGCUACAAGUGACCCUGCUCUGACCGUCUGUGUGUCUCUGUCUUUGUUAGGCCCCGACAUCAGAGGCAGAUUGUCCAUUUUCACAGCCCACCUACACCCACUGAAGCUGGGUGGAAGCCCCUGUAAGGACAGUCGCAGUGCUCCCUUUGGGCUGGGUGGGAGACCCCCAUAAGGACGCUCGCGGUGCUCCCUUUGGGCUGUCACGGUGCUCACUCACAGGUGAGUGUUGGCCAGGCCGGGGAUGGCCUCGGGUGUUACAUGCGAUUGGUAGGUGGUUUCUGGUUGUAGGAUUCAGUGCUGGCAUGUGCCCACCUUUGUCUUUGGAACUUUGAAUCUGUUGAGAGACAUCAAAGGCCUCGGAGAUGAUUAGCCCCAAAGCUGAUUUGUAGCCAUCUGAAGUUCUAGUUUAAUUCGGUUUAGACUUGGUGAGUUAGUGCAGGGGCCUCCCUAAUGCCCGAGCACAGACCCACCGCAGUGAGGAGCCGUUGCUGUAUUAUACGGUCUUGGGCGUCAGCUCCCAACCUGGGGGCUCCCCUUGCUUUUCUCUUUUCUUUGUAGUUGAAACCAAGGUCCUGUACUAGGAAACUUGUUUCCCCACCAGGGUGGUUUAAGCCCUGGGAGUUUAGGGUUUUCCCAGGGGGCUUCCUGCCCAGGUCAUCGUCUACUCAGCAGCCCUUUGGAAGCCUAAUGAUUACUGUGAUUACUGUGAUGAGCCCUGCCAUCCCCGGAACAUUCUGCUGUGCAGCCUUGUCCCCUCCCACUGUUGUGCUGCCAUCUGCCAUCUCCCUGGUGUUCUGCCCAGUGCGGGGUGAGGGCUGGGGUCAGGUCACACAUAGGAGUGCACGUUUGUUGGCCACAGGAUGAUGUGUGAGGUGUUCUCAUCCGACCAGGCCGGUCUCUUUCCUGCAAAGAAUGUGCUCUCUGUUCUUCCUCCUUGUGACUCCCAUGUCCACUUAUACACCAAAGUUAAGAAACUUGAAUAGGCCUCCCAGACUCUCGUCCCAGAUAUACAUUAGAGGCUGCCCAGACUCAGCAGGAUGACCUAGGACCUCACCAGCCUCCUGCGGCAGCUCCCUCAUCGAACUGCCCUCCUCUCUCAGGCUGCUCAUGUGGGUUCCGCUGUCCCCGAGAGGCAGACCCAGCCUUUGUGAAUGUCGACAUCGCAGGGACAGAGAAUGGUCUCUCUGUCCUCACACACAGAAGGGGACACAAGAAUUCUUAGAGGAAAAGAACUGUUGAUACAUUUUCGAGAGGCACAUAAGUAAGUGCAAGCUGUGGCGCUCUGUGGUUCUCAUGUUGUUGAGCCUUCGUCUCCGCGUGCGCCUCAGGCCCCUGUGUGGGAGAUCCAGUUUUUUUAAAAACCUGGAUGUUCCUGGGGCGCGUGGGGGACUGUCGGUUGAGCGUCCGGCUUCGGCUCAGGUCGUGAUCUCACAGCUCGUGCGUUUGAGCCCCACGUCAGGCUCUGUGCUGACGGCUCGGAGCCCGGAGCCUGCUUCAGAUCUGUGUCUCCCUCUCUCCUCUGCCCCUAACCCACUCACAUUCCGUCUCUGUCUCUCUCAAAAGUAAAUAAGCAUUAAAAAAAUUAAAAAAAUAAAUAAAACCUGAAUGUUCCUUGGGAA